AUGCGAGCUGUAAUACAGCGUGUUACGAAAGCUGCCGUAUUCAUUGAUGGUCAACUGGAGUCAUCAAUUGAACGGGGAAUAUGUGUUCUAUUAGCUAUCAAUAUUGAGGAUACCUCGGAUGAUAUACAGUAUGUGGUACGGAAACUGUUAAAUAUUCGAAUGUUUCCAGAUGCUGAAACUGGUAAACGAUGGGACAAGAGCGUUAAAGAUCUGGGAUUUGAGAUACUUUGUGUAAGCCAAUUUACAUUAUACAGCUUGUUAAAAGGUAAUAAAUUGGACUUUCAUCAAUCAAUGGCACCAACGGAAUCGCAACAAUUUUAUCAAAAUUUUAUAGCUGAAUUGAGAAAGGCUUAUAAACCAGAACGGAUAAAGGAUGGUCGUUUUGGUGCGAUGAUGAAUGUUCAGAUUGAAAACGAUGGUCCUGUCACUCUCAUUUUGGAUAGUAAAAUUAAAAAUUAG